AUGCUUAAAGACGUGAAUAAAGAAUAUGAACAAGCAUCAAUAAAAACUAAACAACGUCCUAACCAAGGUAUUAUCGAAACAUUAACCAGUUUACGUGAACGUUCUUUACGUUAUAUUGAUGAAUAUGCUUAUCAAAAUUUCGAUCGUAUAUUACCUUUAAAUGGUAAUCAACCAACAUUAGCUAAGUUUCGUAUACAAGAUAAUGAUAUUCCACAUAUAUUUGAAGCAUUGAAAACUGCUACAAUAAUUACUCACCUUGAUCUUCGGUAAAUAUCAAACAAUAGAAAUAGGUUUUU